AUGCCUGUCACACUUGUCCUGGGAGCCCAAUGGGGCGACGAAGGCAAAGGCAAACUCGUCGACAUCCUCGCAUCCUCGGCCGACCUGGUCUGCCGCGCCGCCGGAGGCAACAACGCAGGCCACACGAUCGUGGUCAACGGCACGACGUAUGACUUCCACAUCCUACCUUCGGGCCUCAUCAACCCGUCUUGCAAAUACAACCUCAUCGGCACCGGCUGCGUCGUACACAUCCCGUCCUUUUUCAAGGAGCUCGCCGCCCUGGAAGAGAAAGGAUUACAAGGCGUCAGGGACCGCAUCCUCGUCUCCGACCGUGCGCACGUCUGCUUCGACCUGCACGGCGUCGUCGACGGCGUCUCGGAGGACAAGUCCAAGACCGUCGAUGGCGGCAAGGGCAUGAUCGGCACGACCCGCAAGGGCAUCGGCCCAUGCUACAGCGACAAGGUCGCUCGGCGGGGCGUGACGUUUUGGAUGCUCGUCAACGAACAACAGCGCUGGGAACGCCGGCUGCGCGACUUGGAAGCGGGAUAUCGGAGACUCUACGGCGAUGAUGCACUCCGCGGGUAUAGUGUCGAAGACGAGAUCGCGAGGCUGAAAGGCUGGCGCAACGAACUGGCAAAGUACGUCGUCGACCAGACCCCGCUGCUGGCCCAGGCCGUGGGCAACAAGGGGAUUGCCACUGCCGCCAAUGGCGCAGGUGGUGGCCAGCAGCAGAGCAGGAUGAAUAUACUGAUCGAGGGCGCCAACGCGCUCCUGCUCGACAUCGACCACGGCACCUACCCCUACGUCACGUCCAGCAAUACCGGGCUGGGCGGCGUGUUUACGGGCCUCGCGGGGCUGAGUCCUCAGUCGCUGGCCUCGCUGGGGAGCAACAUCGUCGGCGUGGUGAAGGCGUACACGACGCGCGUGGGCUCGGGCCCCUUUCCUACGGAACUCGACGCCACUAUCUCCCCCACCGACGCAGAGUACGGCGAGCGCCUGCAGCGCGUGGGCCGCGAGUUCGGCGUCACGACCGGUAGAAAGCGGCGCUGCGGCUGGUUCGACCUCGUGCUGGUCAAGUACUCGGCCGCCGUGAACUGCUAUACCCAGAUCAACCUGACCAAGCUGGACGUGCUGGACGAUUUCGAAGAGAUCCGUGUGGCCACGGCGUACACGCACAAUGGCCAGACGCUCGAGAGUUUCCCCGCGGAUCUGGAUCUGGUCGAAAACAUGCAGGUCGAGUACAAGACGUUCAAGGGCUGGAAGACUACGACGACGGGGAUCAAGCAGUUCGAAAAUCUCCCCUCCGAGGCGAGGGAAUACAUCGCGUUCAUUGAGGCUCAGGUGGGUGUCCCAAUCAAGUGGAUUGGGACGGGACCUAGGCGCGAAGAUAUGUGUGUCCGGUAG